AUGGCUUUUACACUUGAAUGGAAACUCAUGAUUUCCAUGUUCAUAGUGGUUUCGGGGACUUGGGAAUCAAAAGCCGCAUCCACCACGUUGCAUGAAGGUUCAAUGGCGAUAAAACAUGAGCUAUGGAUGGCUAAGUAUGCACGCAUUUACGUAGACAAUGCAGAAAAGGAAAGGCGUUUCAAGAUAUUCAAGGAAAAUGUGGAGUUCAUCGAAAAGUUUAACACCGAAGCUAAUCACAUUUACAAGUCAGGCCUCAACGAAUUCUCAGACCUCACAGAUGAAGAAUUCACCAUGUUUCAUGCUGGAUACAAACCCACACGCUUAUUCAAAAAUAGUUCUUUCCAGUACGAAAACCUGACUGAUGCCACUUAG